UCUACCUUUAAACACAGUAGUUUUCCCAGGAAGGAAAACAUAGACAACCGGGAUUAUUUUUUACUCCUUGAUAGAAUUAUCUUGUUUGGUUAGUUAGCAUCCAUUUAUUAUUAUUCUUACCCAAUCUUUUUGCAACCCCAGUUGGCAUUACUUCUUCAUCGGCACAUAUAAUUGUUGUUCAAUCUUUGGCUCGUCUCAGAUCUGUAUAUUUUAUUUCCCAUGGCACCUCCAAGAAAAUUUAGCAAGAAAAGGAGAAGGGAUGGUGGUUUUGCAACAGAAGCCUCCAUGAACAAUACUGAGUCAGACUGGUGGGAGGAGCUCUCUCACAAGCUCUCUACUACAGGACAAGCAUUUGCAGACAAUGAAGAAGGUGAAGAAGAAAAAUUCAAAUCAUUUUUUAGGGUUUCAAGGAAAACUUUUGACUAUAUCUGCACUCUGGUGGGGUCUGACUUGGCAGCAAGGUCAUCAUCAUCGGGUAUAAUUGAUGCAGAAGGGAGAGUAGUGACGAUUGGAAAACAAGUAGCUAUUGCUUUGAGAAGAUUGGCUUCAGGUGAGUCACAGCUCAGUGUAGGGGAGUCAUUUGAUGUGGGGCAGUCAACAGUUUCUCAAGUUUCAUGGAAGUUUGUAGAAGCUAUGGAAGAUCGAGGCAUGCAUCACUUGAAGUGGACCCAUGAAACUCAAAUGGAAGAAAUUAAGGUCAAAUUUGAAAAGAUUCAAGGGUUACCCAACUGUUGUGGAGCCAUUGAUACCACUCACAUUGUCAUGAGUUUGCCAUCAGGAGAAGCUUCAAAUAUCUGGCAUGACUCUGAGGCAAACUAUAGUAUGAUUAUGCAGGCAAUUGUUGAUCCAGAAUUGAGGUUUCUCGAUAUACUAACCGGAUGGCCCGGUAGCAUGAAUGAUUAUGGCAUCCUGAAAACCUCAGGAUUUUUCAAGCUAUGCAAAAAUGGUCAGAGGCUGAAUGGCCCUGUUAAGGAUCUGCAAGAUGGCAGUCAGAUAAGAGAAUACAUAGUGGGUGAUGAGGCUUAUCCUCUAUUACCUUGGCUUCUCACCCCUUACCAAGGCAAAAAUCUUUCUCCAAUGAAAAAGAAGUUCAAUGUAAUGCACAAAAACACAAAAUUGGUUGCUGAACGGGCACUAGCACGGUUCAAAGGAACAUGGAAAAUUAUUGAUGGGGUAAUGUGGCGACCAGACAAACAUAAAUUGCCUCGCAUAAUCCUCGUGUGUUGUAUUUUGCAUAACAUCAUAAUUGAUCAGGGAGAUGAACUGCACACAGAUGUUCCUUUAUCUCAUCAUCAUGAUGAAGGCUACAACCAGCAAUUCUGUCAGUUUGCAGAUAGAAAUGCCCAAAUGCUUAGAGACCACCUAUCCAAGAGCUUAUCAUGAAGAGUAAAUGAAUAAGUUCCGCCGCCCGCAGCUUUCAACUGUUCAAUGCUAUUUUUUAUUUGUAAUCAUUUAUUCUGUUU